AUGGCCAUCGACGCAGAAAACUUCAAGUUCGACACUCCUCAGUUCGACCCAAGAUUCCCAUACACCAACCAGACAAAGCACUGUGCUCAGAACUACGUCGACUACCACAAGUGUGUGGCCGUCAAAGGUGAGGACUUUGAGCCAUGCAAGAUCUUCUGGAAGACCUUCACUUCUUUGUGUCCUGUUGACUGGGUCGAGAAGUGGAACGACCAGAGAGAGGCCGGUAAGUUUCCUAUCAAGAUUGAACAGGAG